UGUGUGUGUCUGUGUAUGUGUCCAUGUGUGUGUGUCUACAGUGAUUGACAACAACAGUAACUGGGCAGUGUGCGGGAAGAGUUCAGGGGUCGUUUCCAUGCCGGUGGCUGCCAUGGCAACACACAAGGUUCACAUGGAGGUCAUGCCGCUGUUUGCAGGUCACCUGCCGUUUCCCAACAUCCGUGUGUUUAAGUACCUGCCACACCACAGCAGCCCCGUCAUCCCACCCGACACAGACUCGUGUCUGGAGAACGACAGUCUGUCUCUGGAGGAUCAGGCGGAGACGGCGAGUCUGCGCAGCCGAGGCAGUGUCCAGUCUCUGGGCAGCGGAGAGUCUGCGCAGCCGCGGGGCCCGAUGCCCAAACGCCAGGCUUUCGGCCCCGGGCAGGUGUUCAGCGGCACACAGGGCCAGCAGGUGUUAGUGCUGCCCGCCGCUGACCUUCACCUGAUGGAGGUCAACGUCACAUGACCCGCCGGGGGUCACACACGGACACAAGACUCGCCUCCGUCAUGCACUUCAUGAGACACCAGCUGUCUCUCAGAUAUCCCAUAAUGCCUUGCAGCCCCUCCUCUGUGUGCUCAGGCGUGUGUGUGUGUGUGUGUGUGUGUGUGAGAGAGAGAGAGAGAGAGCGACACCUGCUGUACAUAAUAGAUGAGAUUAAAGAGAAUCUUCUGAACCAAA